CAGGCGCAGCAGCAGCGAUCGGCCAGCUGCUGCCAGUCCAACAUGGCUGACCUGUGAGCGGCGGUGCUAGUGAGGCUCUCUGCUUUGUCCGUCGAUUUAGUUUGUUGUGCAAUCGUUGUUUUUGAGUUCGGAACCGCUACUAUGAUAUCUUCGAUCGUCUCGCGGCUCGUCAUCACAGCUAUCGCUUUGAAACUGACGGUGUGAAAUAAUCUGACGACAUGGAAGACGACGACAAGCUGGCUCUUGCCAACGGACAUAUGAUCGACGCCGAUAUAAGGAUGGUAGCGAACCGAUUGAACGUUCUGAAAAUGUUCAACGGAAAUAGACUCGCUCGGGUUCGGGACUCGAUCGAGAAAUUACCCAUCAAGCUCACCCUCGGCAACAUCGGGAUCUUCACGGUCUCACUCGCCGCCAUGAUGCCUCGACCCAUCACUUACAUUAUCGUGUAUCCGAUUUUCAGAUUGGUAUUCGGCACCCUUUACCCGGCCUACGCAUCCUACAAAGCUGUUCGGACGAAGAACGUCAAAGAAUACGUGAAAUGGAUGAUGUACUGGAUAGUAUUCGCGCUGUUCACGUGCGCCGAAACCUUCACCGAUGUCUUCCUUAGCUUCUGGUUUCCUUUCUACUACGAGAUAAAAAUCGUCCUUGUCCUCUGGCUGCUCAGCCCGGCGACCAAAGGAUCCAGCAUCUUGUAUCGUCGGUUUGUUCAUCCCGCUCUGAGUCGGCGAGAGGCAGAAAUUGACGAGGCUUUAGCCCGCGCCACCGAGCAGGGAUACACCGCUGUUUUGCACCUAGGAUCAAGGGGUGUCAACUACGCUACCACCGUUCUGAUGCAGACUGCCAUCAAGGGUGGAGGAGGCCUGGUACAACAGCUGAAGAAGAGCUACAGCCUGAGCGAUCUGACGGGUGAAAAGGAGGACGAAAACCGAAACACGCCUGACGCGCGGGACGAGAUAGAUAUGCAAGUAGAACCUCGCCGCAGAGAGAACGUCGGGAGAAGAGGGUACAGCCCUCGCCGUACCCAGUCAGGCAGCAAUCGAGUCGACAUGUACUUCUCCGAGGUCGACGUCGACGUCAGACAACCCAGGCCUCGGGAACCAGUAGCUAGUUUAUCCAAUAUUAGGUCGUCCGACGAUAUAUCCAGCGGUUACAGCAGCGGGGAAGCUCUGCACUCUAAUCGUCCUGGUUCCCAGGCCGAACCGUUGGUCAGGACGUCGAGCGUCGGCGCGAGGACUCGCCCAAAGCCAAGGUCAACCACGAAGAAGACUCCCGAGGAGAGCGACGAAGAGGCGAGCGAUUCUUUCCCGGCACUGCUUUAUCCGGGAAUUCCUUUUCCCAUUCCCCCGUCCCAAGCCCUUGAACUUUUUCUGGCGUUAUCUCACGGCAGUGAAAUAAAUGGCGUCGAUUACGGCUCUCUUAUCGGCACCAAGAGCCGCAUCCGCAUCUUAGAAUCGGCCGAAAUCGUCGGUCGAAGUAACCGCAAGGACGAAUCCUGGUCGAAGGAGUCGAGCCCUGAGUUCCUGGACUCGAUUUCCGACGAUCCGUUUCCGGAUGCGACGAUCAGAGCCGAAUCGGACAAGAUCGGCAUCGAUGUUCAGAAAAUAACUACCGAUAUUUGUCACAGCAAACUUGAGGAGCUUCGAGCACUGCUCAAUGGCGCCACGAGGGCCGUGCAGGGCCUCAACGAACCUUCAAAAAACUCCCUGUCGCCGCCCUCGGGAUCCCCUCGUGUUUCCAGGAGCAGUUCGGACUCUUGCGACCGGGCCGGAAGGUACAACAAAAAACGGGCCCCCCUCGCGCCGGCUGCCAAGAGCGAAGAGAACCUCGAACAGGCCCAAACCGAGUCGGCGCUAAAGGCGCGGCUGGUGAUCAAGACUGGGACCGUUCGGGCCUUGGCGUGCGUCGAGAGCCCGAAGGAGGUCUUCGUGUCGCACGGGAAACGGUCGAAAGCCGCGAAGACGAAGGAGGGACUGUCGAGGCUGCUCACCAUCCCAAAGACAAUAUUCCACACUGCAUUUCACCACAAUAAGGACGACGAUCCUGGUAGUCCGAGUCGCUCCAGGGGUGGCAGCAGAUCGGCGUCCAGAUCCCGGUCGGUCAGUAGAACGUCGAGGAGCUCGGAGGGAGGCGACGAAGCGACGUCGACGUCGGGAUCGAGGCGCGUUGACGUUGAGACCGCGCUGCUCAACGUUGCUCUAGACUCGAAGGCUCAGACUUACAUCGAUCUUCGAUCCGGCAGCAUCGACAGCUAUCCUUCCGAUGAAUCGAGGAGCGAGGAUCAGGAUAGGACAGCCUAUGAACGCUGGGAGUACGAGGAGAAGAUGCGAGCAGAGCGGAAGGCUGCUGCCGAAGAGAGCGAGAGGAUUAAUGCUGAUAAAGAGAAGGAUAAGGAUAAGGAGAAGACGCGAAUCGCUGUGGGAGAGCCGUCUCAUUUUCAAACUUGCGGUGCUAGAAAGUACCUCGACAGCAUUGAUUAGAAAGCGUUUUUUUUUACCCCGGGGUUGUAGGAUCGACCUGGAAAAUUUAUUCUUUGUUAUUUUGUAAUCAAGUGUUUUCAUCGCGACAGUAAUCCGGAUUCAAUUAUAGUAAUUGAUCCAAACGAAACUCCAAAAUAGUAUUCAAAGCACAAGUUGAAUUGUUCAUCUUGCACUAACAAUAUCCUAUUUCCGAUGAUCAGAAGGUCUAACAGACUCGAUCGCAGGUUUUCAACACUUUUUUCUUUGAAUCCUACAACUUUGGUAAAAAUCGGUGCAAAACCACAAAAAAAAAAAAAAAAAAAAAAAAAAAUUGCGAUCAUCAUUUCUAUUUUUUUACAAUGAUCAUCCGGUCCGAAUUUAUAAUCAUUUGUUGAAACUUUAUCCUGUACACAAUCCUCCCUUCCUUCCAUAUCGCGCAUAUAUGCUCGCCUCUCUGGAUCGCCAAACCUAGAUGGAAAUGGGGUUGGAGACUGAAGAAUGCGGUUACAAUGAACACGAAAAAUGAAAAGUGGGAAGUUUGAAGGAUCGCGUGUAUUGUGAAAAGAGAGAAAAAUCAUGUGUACAAAUAUUUAUCGCUUGAGCGCAGAAAUUUUGCUAAAAUGUUCCCUCUAUUGCCUGCCAUAUUCGUACAUGCGAGUCAGAUAACAAGCUUCGCAACUUUACCUCGCACUAAAAAGCCCGGGAAAAAAAAGGUCCAAUGAAACUUGCCAGCUGCUGACCGCAUCAACGAGUUAGACUGAUUAUUGAAAAUAUCGUCACGACGAUUUUUGACGUAAAUAACCUUCUUCGCUUAACUGCUAAGCUGGUAAAAGAACAUCAGUCUGAUGGUCAGCAGCGACCCCCAUGCAUAUUAUAAACGACGAAAAAAUUACCUUAUACUUUGCGAGUUGUGUGAUCAUCGUUUGGUACCUGUAUACACCUUGCCAGCUGCGUAACGCCGCCGCUAUCGCUUCGAUUUGCUGUGAAAUCUAGUGCAAAUCAUUGCUAAUAAUUUUCGGAAAUUUCCUCUUCUUAACUGACCAACAAUAACACGAAAAUCCGGGCAAAACUUUCUGGUCACGCAAAUACACGCACAUUACGCCGUUUGUACUCAUGGAAAUGUUUGUUUUUUCUACGUCAUUUACUUCGUUGCUUUUUUCAUGCAUUUUAUUAGCUUUCUCCUCUUUAAAACAAUUAUCUUGG